AUCACGGCAACUAAUGAAAACAAUCAAAAUUUGAUGACGUAGAACGCAGUAAACAACAAAGAUGGCUGCGCCCUGUGCGCUGUUUGCAUCUUGUUCAGAGUAUAACCCAAGCAAUUUCAUAAAAAAAAUAUUAAAUGUUAAUGAAUUGCCAGCCUCAUCAACGGUAGCAGAUAAUGUGGAUGCGUUUCCAUGGAAGAUAGACACUAAAUAUUAUACAGCAACUAUUAAUUUAUGUACAACAGAUACUAGAACUAUUGGUGAUGAAACAUUUGCUGAAUCUGUUCAAGCGUUUAUCGUUCACUUCAAUAAUAAAGAGAAAUCUGGAUUAAAGAUUGUUGAUUCAUGGCUACCGUAUUUAGAUCAAUUAGAAGCUCAGAUAAAAAUGUUAGUUUGUGAUACAGCUACUGAUACACAUGCUGUGUGUAGGAUAGCUACACAGAAAUGGUGUAUAGAACAUGAGUUUGAAAUGGUGGAACUUGAACCAGAAGAAACUAGUGACAGUGAAGAUGAUUUUGCUGAAACAACUGGUAUUAAAAGAAUUAUUCAAGCACUUCAUGCUCACACAUGGCCUAAUCUAUGUAUGAAAGAGAAUCCUGAUGUACAAAGUCCUUAUAUAAAACAGUUGAUGCGUGAAGAAGCAGCAUCAAAAUUAUCAUCUAGUAGUGAAGACAAAUCUGAUUCAAACAUUCCUGAUAGUAAUGCUGUUACAGAUAGUAAUACAGACACUCUAAACAACGUUAGUGAUAGUGCUAGUAGUAAUUUCAAUAAUGACACAGAUCAAGUAACAGAAUCAGGAAAAGAAAAUGCUAAAAGUGACAAGAAAAAGACAGUCAGAAAAUCAAAAGAAGAAACAAUAGAUUCAAUGUUACCAAGUGAAGAACAAGCUAUUCUAGCUGCUAUUGGUCAAGACCACCCAGAACAAGAAUCAUUUGAACAACUAUUUGAGAAAUUGAAAGUCAUGAAAGAUAAAGCUGAUUCUAUGCCAAUGGGAGACAGAAAAGUUUAUGCUGAAAAGAUUGCCAUAUCAUUCUGGAAUGCUAUAGGUGGAGAUGAUGAUGAAAUAGCUGGACUUACCGACAGUGAUGAUGACAUUUAGUCAUAUUAAAUACUCAUUAACAUCUCCCAUCAUCGGACUUCAUUUGCAUUUGCAUUCUUGUAUAAAGACUAAUAUAAAGGUGUAAAUAGUGUGGUCUAAGGGGAGAUAAUCUAGUAUUAUAUGCAGAUCUAAUAUGAACACGGAGAAAUCACUAAUACAGGGUCUAAUCUUCGCUUACUUUUUCUUGUGGACAGUUUUUUUAUGUGACCGAACUUGGCCGUUCAUGACCAUAACUUGACAAAGCUCAUUUAAAACCACAGCAUUAAUGACUCUACUAAUAUAUAUGGAUUCUGAAACCUAAAUCCAAACUAGAGCCCCAUUUAACAAUAGUGACUGAUGUUGUUGACCAUUCAGGGUAUAUUUUUGAACACUUUAAUACUUUUUAUUGGGAAGUUCAUAUGGCUAACAAUUUCUACAUAUAGUUUUCAUAAAUAUAACUAGUUUGAUACAUAUGGAGAAGUAAUAAGUUAUUGUCCUGUGCAUACCAUUCCCAGCCCCUUAAAGAUCCCCUGGCUGUUGGAAAUCAAAAUAAGAGUAAAUGUAACGCCAAUGUCAAAUUUCCUCAUAGCACUCUGCCCCGUUGGUGCAAAAAAGUAAGACAUUAACCCCCAUUUCAUUUCAGUAUUUUAGAAACUAAAAUGUAGUAGGUUAAAUAAUAUACUCUAUAUAAAACACAUUUUGUAAAUAGAUAUUUAGACAUAAUUCAUCAUCUGAACUUGUCUUAUAUACAUGUAUGCUUGGCUAAAUUAUUUAAUGCUAUAUCAAGGCACUUAGUAAUAAUAAUACAUUUUAGUAGAAUGAUAUUUAUUUUAUAUAAUUCUGUUUAUUACAAUAAUUUUAAGCAUAGAUUUAUUCUAUAUAUACAUUUAUUGCCAGUCCCCUUGUUUUAUGAAAAAAACAUCUUUUUCUUUUAAUGUUUUAUUUGUCUUCCUCAGCCCAUAUUAUGUGCCACAGGAAACUGUUGUUACUGUGUUUUUACUGGAUCAUUUAGUAAUACAACAGUAGAUCCAUGGUUACUGAUAAAACAUGUAGCUAAUGUAGUAUAUGUAGUGACCAGGGAAAGUUGACUUUAAUUAAAAGGCACAAUAUUCCAAACUAGUGGCUAAGAAGGCAAAUAUCGACUAUUAGUCAUACACAUUCAGAAAUAGUCAUUAUCAAAAUCGAAAUGAAAACUAUUAACAUUAACAGCCUAGUAAUUAUACAUGUAAAUGAGAUGUAUACUUAGAAGCUGUACAAAUGCUCAAAUCAUCAAAAUGUUUUUCGUGUGAUUGUUUCAUCUCAUUAAAUUAAAAUAAAAAAUUUGAAGUUA